AUGGCAAGUGUGGUGGUGAAGACUAUCUGGCAAUCCAAAGAAAUCCAUGAGGCGGGGGACCCACCUGCGGGGGUCGAGAGCUGCGCCCAGCUGGUCCCCGAGGCUCCAGGGGGAGUGACCAGCCCUACCAAGGGGAUCACUAAGAAAAAGAAGGCCGUGUCCUUCCAUGGGGUAGAGCCCCGGAUGUCCCACUGGUGCCUGAACCUCAAGCGGUCCUCAGCCUGCACCAACGUGUCCUUGCUCAACCUGACUGCUAUGGAGCCCGACUCGUCAGGCACAGACUCUACCACAGAGGACAGUGGUCCACUGGCUCUGCCAGGGCCACCUGCUUCCCCUACAACACCCUGGGCUCCCGAGGACCCUGACAUCACAGAACUUCUGAGUGGGGUCAACAGUGGAUUGGUGCGUGCCAAAGACUCCAUCACCAGCUUGAAGGAAAAGACUACAAGGGUUAAUCAGCACAUUCAGACCCUGCAGAGCGAGUGCUCUGUGCUCAGUGAGAAUCUGGAGCGGCGGCGGCAGGAGGCAGAAGAGUUGGAGGGUUACUGCAGUCAGUUGAAGGAGAACUACCACAAGGUGACCCGCUCAGUGGAAGACGCUGAAAUCAAAACCAACGUCCUGAAGCAGAACUCUGCCUUGCUGGAGGAGAAGCUAAGGUACCUCCAGCAGCAACUGCAGGAUGAGACGCCACGGAGGCAAGAAGCCCAGCUGCAGGAGUUGGAGCAAAAGCUGGAGGCCGGCCUCUCCCGGCGUGGCCUGAGCUCUGCCACUCCAAGUCAGGGGUGCUCCGGCCCGCCCGGCAGCCCGGAGGAAUCCCUGCGGCCGCGAGGCCUGACCUCUAGUAGCUGGGGCAUGGCACUCAGGGCAGCGGAGGGACAUUCGCUGACAGAGCAGCAGUUGCAGAAGGUGUCCACCGGCCUGGAGGAGCUGAGGAGGGAGGUGUCCUCACUGGCAGCCCGGUGGCAUCAGGAGGAGGGGGCAGUGCAGGAAGCCCUGCGGUUGCUGGGUGGCCUAGGUGGCCGGCUGGAUGGCUUUCUGGGCCAGUGGGAACGGGCACAGCGGGAGCAGGCACAGUCUGCACGGGGCUUGCAGGAGCUGCAAGGACGGGCAGAUGAGCUGUACACCAUGGUGGAGAGAUCAGCCGCGUCUAUGGCUUCACUGAGGAGCGAACUGGAGGUUCUGGGACCAGUGAAGCCAAUUCUGGAGGAGCUGGGGCGGCAACUUCAGAACUCCCGAAGGGGAGCUGACCAUGUCUUGAACUUGGAUCGGUCUACCCAAGGCCUCUGUGCCCGCUGUGCCAGCCAGGGGCAGCAGUUGUCCACAGAGUCCCUGAGGCAGCUUCUGGAACGUGCGUUGGCCCCGCUUGUGGAUGAGGUGAAGCAAAAAGGCCUGGCUCCUGCUUGCCCCAGCUGCCAGAGGCUACACAAGAAGAUUCUGGAGCUGGAGCACCAGGCCUUGGCCAAACAAGUCAGGGCAGAGGCCCUGAGCUUCACCCUUCGGCUGGCCCAAGACGAAGCCGUUCGGGCCAAGAACCUACUGCUGACGGACAAGAUGAAGCCGGAGUGAGGACUGAGGCGGAGGGCAUGGGAGGAGGGUGAGGCCACCUGCCCUAGCCCCACCUGGGCCUUCCCAGGGCUGACCCCGCUGACUGUCACUGCAGGGAGAAGGUGGCCACUUUGGGCAGGGCUGA